AAACCUGUUUCUCUGGAGCGAUUUCACGAACCUCCCUCGGGUUGGGUUACCGUUGUGUUUUUGUUCUGGAGUUUGUCAAAUUCAAACAAAGUUAUUCUCUAAAUUUGUGUCUUCGGAGCUGUCAGUCCAGCUCUAACCAGCUGGGUUCACCCUCUCUCCCAUGGUGACAUAACAUUGCCGCCGCUAACACGGUUUUGUUUUGUUUUUUUGCCAAUAAUAGCAAACAAGCCGAAGAUCAGUCGAAACAACUUUUUUUUUUUUUUUUUUUCUCGGUAAAGCGUUAUUUAAAUGAACAUUAGCUUAAAUAGCUAAAGAGUGAGAAACUAUUGUUUUAUGUUCGCCAUACAAUUAUCUCGCUGUAAGUUUGAUUCAACCAUCAGAUUACUUCCGAAACAUCUUUAUCAGAGUUGAUGUGGGAGUUGUAGUUUUUAGGUGUUUCAGUUAUUUUGCUCGAGACUGUCAAGUGCUUUCAAACUGUGGCUGCUAACUUCGGUCUGCUCCUGUAUUUACUCUAAAAAAGCAUAACAUUAGACGGGUUCUUUUAAAUAACAACACAAUUUAAACCAAUACAACUCAGUUCUACGUAAAAUAGGCAUUGGAAGGCAGUACUUUAGAUUUAAAGAUAUAUUAAAAUGGAUGUUCGGCACAUUAGUUAGACAGGAACCAAAUGUUUUGCUUAAGUGUUAUUUAGUAUUGCAAAAACCUGUUUUGUGUACGUUUUUAAAGUACGUGUCCUGUUGACGUCUCCGGAACUACAUUUCCCAUGACUUCAGUUGGAAACGCAUUUCUGCGAGCGCAUGCGCACUGUGUGAUCUUGGAAAUCAAGUUGGUCAAAACAGCUGGUGAUAAAAUGCACAAGUUGAAACCAUCACAGAGGGACAAAGUUCAUCAGUUCAUCUCCUUCAGUCAGGCAGGGGACAGGACAGCUGUGGACUGCCUGACUCAGAAUGACUGGAAAUUAGAAGUUGCCAUAGACAACUAUUUCCAGAACCUAGACUUGUACAACAAAGAAUCCAUGAAAACGUCAGUGGACCGCAAGAAGCUUGAACAGCUCUACAACAGAUACAAAGACCCCUAUGAUGAGAAUAAGAUAGGUAUCGAUGGGAUCCAGCAGUUCUGCGAUGACCUAAAUCUGGACCCGGCCAGCAUCAGCAUCCUUGUGGUGGCCUGGAAGUUCAGAGCAGCCACGCAGUGCGAGUUUAGCAGGAAGGAGUUCUUCGAUGGGAUGUUGGAACUUGGCUGUGACAGUCCAGAAAAACUUAAGGCCAUCCUCCCCAGGCUAGAACAGGAGCUGAAAGACAAUGGGAAAUUUAAAGACUUCUACCAGUUUACGUUCAGCUUUGCCAAGAACCCAGGCCAGAAAGGUUUAGAACUAGAAAUGGCUGUUGCUUACUGGAAUCUUAUCCUCACGGGUCGAUUCAAGUUCUUGGAUCUAUGGAUUCGCUUCCUGCUGGAGCAUCACAAGCGCUCAAUUCCCAAGGACACCUGGAACCUCCUCUUGGACUUCUCCAACAUGAUUGCAGACGAUAUGUCAAACUAUGACGAAGAAGGUGCCUGGCCUGUGCUCAUUGACGACUUUGUGGAGUUUGCUCGGCCAGUUGUAGCAGGAAAUAAACGCAACAUGACAUAAUGUUUGUUGCAGCCCCACCAAAUGGAAGAUGCUGUUUUCUUUCUUCCAUUUCUUUCUAUUUAAUGAGAUUAUGAAAGAGAAACUGUCUCUUAAGUAGGUUGGCCAGGAGUUUUCAACAAUUAUUCUGCUGCAUAACAUGCCGAUGAAGGGGUGGGGGGGACAAAAACUGCAGAAAAAAACAGAAAGAAGAGAGAACUGUUCUGUCUGCUGCUAUAGACAGAUGCUGGAAAUGUAAUAUGAGUAAACUGAUACUCAUCCAUUAAACUAGCAGAGGUGGUAGGUUUUAACUGCCUCUCUGGACUCAUUUAAAAGUACACUCAGAAUAAAAGUGGGCUUUUAACCUAAUGCGGGUGUAAACGAAACAGUGUGGCAAUGUUUGCUGGUUCUAUCAGUGUGAAGCUGAUUCAUGUACUUGUCAUCACAAUAUGAGCACAGUAUUUGUGUUUGGGCUUGUUGCUGUAUGUUGAACGAGUGUGUUGGGUGGAGGUAAAAUGUGUACCCUUCUGCACAAAAUAUAACAAGCUGGUUUAAGAUGUCAGAAAGUUCAUAUUCACCUUCACUAAGCGAGAGUGAAAAUGUUCAGAUUCACACUAUAUAUUCCUGUCAAUGGAUAUAAAGCCUCACGCUUUCUGAUUCCAACACCAGCAUUAAGGUAUUGUUAUCAAAAUAUAUAUUUGACAUUGCUUGUAUAAGACAGGUAAUGGCAUUUUAAAAUGGAAAAAGCGUUCCAUUAUUUAGUAUGGGUUGGCUUUGCAGUGCCUAAGAGCUUAAAUUUCAACCUGUAUGCGGAUGUUUUCUGUUAUCCAGGUGAAGCCGUGUCACCUCUACAGACUGCACUGAUUUACACUUUUUUGUAGGAUUUACAAAUACGGAGCUAUUCUGUUUACAUGACAGUAAAUUUCAUUUCUUUUUUCAAUGAGCCAAGCCUAGCCAAGAGUAUUUUAAAUGUUUGUUUACACUGUUGGCACUGUGUUGUCAUCAAAAAGUCACUGGGCUGUUGUGCUGCCGCCUAGCACCUAGUGGCUAAAAGUUACAGCAUUUAUUUAUUGUUCUGUCAAAGGUUUGAGCUUUUUUAACUUGUAGCAAUCAGAACAGUGCUGACUUAUCAGAAUUACUGAUAGUGAAACACAAAGCAAACCUGCAUAUGCUGAAUGCAGCGUUACAGGAUGCAGAGCUCAGGUAGCAGUCAUCUCUCUGUCAGCACUGCGUGUCGUCUUGUAUUUACAUCAGAGCUCACCCGGUUUCCUGUUCUGAACAGUGACUUUAAUCCUGUUCUGCAGGUUACCGUUGUCAUCAUAAUAUAGCCUCUGCCAUAUUUUGUUAAUAAGGAUCGUGCAUUAUUUUAUGGCAGAGCAUGCUAUGCACAGAUGGAAAUGCUGCCUGUGUUCGGUUAAUACGUUUGUGUUAAAUAGCUAAGAGUGAAAUUAUAGAGGCUAGUUCUGAUGAUUAUGUGUUUACUCCAGAUUAACUCCAAAUCAAGUGCCACUUUGUUCGUCAUAUCAGCUGAGCAAGGAUUGAUCCAGAGAAACAGCUUUUCUUUUUUUAACAAAUUUAACUUAUUUAGAGCAGUCAGAUACAUGAAGCAUAAGCUAUGAGAACAUCUGUUUGCAGCGAGUACAGUAUGUUAAUGUGGCGGCCCAUUGGUACGUUAUUUUUGUGAAAUGUGUCAACUGUUUCAUGUGCAGAUUGCUCUUAUUUAAACAGUGUUAUUUUGGCUGUGAAAUAAAAUAGCUGUUCAUAGAUCAAAAACAUUUCUCUGUUACGUUCUUAAUAAAAAGAAUAAACCAAUAAA